AUGGCUCUCAUGGAGGCACUCCUUCAGGUUUCCAGCACAGGAACAUUAAUCUGCUGCUUGCUUCUGCUCUUAGCUGUUUGUCUCCUGUUCUUCAGGUCUCAGAGAGACGAAAAUGAACCUCCAGGGCCAAAACCGUUGCCACUUUUGGGAAAUCUGCUAAUGUUGGAUGUCAGCAAACCACAUUUGAGCCUGUGUGAGAUGGCAAAGCAGUUCGGCCCAGUUUUCACAGUCUACUUUGGUCCAAAGAAAGUGGUUGUGUUAGCUGGCUACAAAACAGUGAAGCAAGCCCUUGUUAAUCAUGCAGAUGAAUUUGGAGACAGAGAAAUUACGCCACUGUUCCAUGAUUUAACUAAAGGGCAUGGUAUUAUAUUUGCCAAUGGAGAGAGUUGGAGAGAGAUGAGACGGUUUGCUCUCACCAACUUACGAGACUUCGGGAUGGGAAAGAAAAAGAUCGAGGAGAAAAUCAUAGAGGAAACAUGCCAUUUACUAGAGGAAUUUGAGAAGUUUGAAGGAAAACCUUUUGAAACCACACGGCUGAUGAACUACGCUGCCUCAAGUGUCAUCUCUUCCAUUGUGUAUGGACGCAGUUUCAAGUAUACAGACCCUCAGCUACGGUGUAUGGUGGAUCGAGCUAAUGAGAGCGUCAGGCUGAGUGGAACAGCAUCCGUGCAGCUCUACAACAUGUUUCCUUUCUUGAGUCCAUGGCUCAAGAAUCUGAAACUAAUCAUGAAUAACCUAGCACUCGAUAUCAAAGAGAUAUCAGAGCUGGUGAGCAGUUUACAUCAAACACUGAACUCGCAGGAUCUCAGAGGCUUUGUGGAUUCGUUCCUCAUCCGCAUGCAGAAUGCAGAGGAAUCUGGAGUGAAGAACUCGCUUUUCCAGAAGCAGAACCUCAUUUUCACAGUCGCCAACCUGUUCGUCGCUGGUACGGACACUACUAGUACAACACUGCGCUGGGGCUUGCUGUUUAUGGCCAAAUAUCCACAUAUACAAGAUCGGCUUCAGGAGGAGAUUGACCAGGUGAUCGGUGGACGGCAACCGGUAUCAGAGGACAGGAAGAACUUACCGUAUACAGACGCUGUGAUCCACGAAACCCAGAGAUUUGCUAACAUAGCACCCAUGAGUAUCCCACAUAUGACCAGCUGUGACGUUCACUUCAAUGGAUACUUCAUCAAGAAGGGCACAUGUGUAUUUCCUCUUCUAAUGUCUGUACUGUGGGAUGAGGAUGAAUGGGAAACACCUCGUAACUUUAACCCCGAACACUUCCUGGACAAGCAGGGGCGAUUUGUGAAGAGAGACACCUUCUUGCCCUUCUCUGCAGGCCACAGGGUUUGUCUUGGAGAGGGUUUGGCCAGGAUGGAGCUCUUCCUGUUCUUCACCUCCCUCUUUCAGCGUUUCCGUUUCACUCCUCCUCCAGGAGUGUCUGAAAAUGAUUUGGAUCUCACUCCAGCGGUGGGCUUCACCUUGAACCCGACCCCACAUAAACUGUGCGCAGUCAAACACUUGUGAACUCUUUUACAGUAAAGUUGAUGCAGUCUGUAUUUGUUUUAACACAAAAUAACGCAUUACAUUUGUGUGUUCAUUCUUUAUAUGCAAAGUGAAAGCUCAGAAAUCAUGAUUUUUAAGCAUUCACCAAAAAAAAAAAAAAAAAA